AGCCACUCGCUCAGUCUCCCUGAUAGUCAUCUCGGCAAGGUGUCUUCCUGGCCACCGCCGUAGUACGCGGCAAGUUUGCCCCGAAGACACCCGCCCUGCCCCGGGUCCCCCGUCCACACUUACUCCCAGCGAUACCAGCCUUCUUUUUUCUGCCAUGGCGACGAGUGCGAAGCGAAAGCAGGAGGAGACUCAUCUGAAGAUGCUCCGGGAAAUGACUAGCCUUCCCGCGAAUAGGAAAUGCUUCGACUGCGACCAACGCGGCCCGACCUAUGUCAACAUGACAGUGGGUUCCUUCGUCUGCACCACCUGCUCUGGCAUCCUGCGAGGACUGAAUCCCCCGCACAGAGUGAAGUCCAUCUCAAUGACCACAUUUACACAGCAGGAAAUUGAGUUCUUACAGAAACAUAGCAAUGAGGUCUGUAAACACAUCUGGUUAGGCCUCUAUGACGACAGGACAUCAGUUGUUCCAGAUUUCCGAGAACCCCAGAAAGUAAAAGAGUUCCUACAGGAAAAAUACGAAAAGAAAAGAUGGUAUGUUCCUCCAGACCAAGCAAGAGCAGUAGCAACUGUCCAGGCUUCUGUGUCGGGCUCAUCAGCCAGCAGCACUGGCAGUACCCCAGAAGUGCAACCCCUCAAAACCCUGCAGCUCAGCAAGACCCCACUGCGCCUGUCUCCAGGGCUAGGUCGUUCACAAGCACACAGCGCUGCUCAGGAGAAGAAGUUUGACUUGCUCUCAGACCUGGGAGGAGACAUCUUUGCUGCUCCAUCCACUCAAACUGCCAGCUCUUCCAACUUUGCCAAUUUUGCACAUUUUCCAAGCCAAACUGCACCUCAUGGUAACUCAAACAGCAACUUUGCCAACUUUGAGGCAUUUGGAAACACUGCAAUUCCAUCCCAUCUGAGCACGUCACCCCCCUCAAAGUCCUUUUCAUCAGGUGGAGGUGUGCCAAUCCCAUCUAUGUCAAGUGCCGUACCUGCCCAGUCCCUGGCAGGGUGUAGCAAAGAAGAUCGCUAUGCUGCUUUGGCUGAGUUAGACAAUGAGCUCAGCACUUCUGCCUCCACAGCCAGCAACGUGCAAGGGAACUUAUUUGGACCAGUGCUUGGUUCAUCGCCAGCCCAGAAUACGCCCGUGUUACCCAGCAUGCAGCCAGGCUUUGGAGCUGUCCCGUCCACAAAUCCUUUCGUUGCUGCAGCCGUUGCCCCGGAGAUGGCCACCAACCCUUUCCAGACCAACGGCAGAGCUCAAGCUGCAGCCUCCUUUGGCACUGGCUCUAUGAGUAUGCCUGCCGGCUUUGGGAGUGCCUCUUCCUUCUGCCUCCCGACCAGUUUCAGUGGAAACUUCCAGCAACAAUUCCCUGGCCAGGCCCCGAUCCCUUAUGCCCAGCCUGGGGCCUACCACCCUCAUUCUAAUGGCCCUGCCUUCCCAGUCUACAGUCAGAACAAGCCCUCCAUGACAUCCUUUGGGCAGCCUAUGGCUGGUCCCGGCAUGUCCAACAACCCGUUCAUGGCUGGUGCCCCAGCGGGAUCGUUUCCUUCAGGGGGUUCAUCCACUAACCCUUUCCUGUAGCACAUCUCCGGAUUCUCGCCACCAGAGGGCAGCAUGCAGCACAUACUCAACGCACCCGAUCCGUCAUGCAAUUAGUGGCAGUACAUUUCCUUAAAAGAAGACUUAUGUUUUUGUUUUGUUUUUUUCAUAAAAUGUUUACAGCACUAUGAAUUAUGAAGGAAGGGUUACAAUGGACUAUAUUGGAAAUGAAGGGGCCGUUAUGGGGGAGGGUAUACUGUCUGGACAAUAUACAUUAUAUGCUUUUUACUUUUUGUUUAUGACUGUAAGCUCUGUGCAUAUCAUUUGUAAUCGCAAUUAAGUAGAUGUUAUGUAUAACAAGGACUGAGUUAACAAGGGUGAGUAUACACACACCUUGUAGUUAAAAAAAACACUACAAUCUAUGUAAGGGUAUACACUUGAUUAUUAACGGGGUUCCAUCCAAGUCCAUCAUCUGUGGUUUGAUGCAGCCAUAAUAAUGCAGGUGUUUUAUUUUCUCUUUCUAUUUGUUGUUUCAGCAGAAUGGCUACUAUGUUGGCAGUAAGGUGCAAAAAUGUUCUUUUAUCAACUGGCCAGUCCAGAGUGCUAUUUUUAACAAUCUAACGCUUCCAAUGACCCACAGCAACAAAACCCACGUCUCUAUAAUCUUACAAAUUAAACAUCCUAAAGAGGAGGAUUGGACAAACCAUUUAUCCACGGUCAUUGUGAGCAUAAAUGGAGAAAUUGGACAAUAUUUGUGGGCUUUGAAAGUUAUAUUUCUUAGUUCUGCUACUUGAUUAAUAACAUGUUUAUUAAAGUUGUUCAACAUGUUGCCAGUAACCUCUCUGCUGCUGGUUGCAGAUGUCAGAUGAGUUAAAUAUCAGGUUUUUGUUUGGUUGAUAGUUGCAGACCUGUGUUGACUGCUCCUGCCCAGACAAAAUAUGCACAACAUUUGAACACAAAUACUUGUGGGAUGUUAGUUAUGUUGUGUUCACUGCACUCCCUUAAACUCUGUCUUAUUCUUUGCCUUAUUGAAAAGCCUUUUGAAGAGAAGAACAGGGUGAUGAGAAACAUUGAUCUCUCUUCAUUUUUCCGUUACAGUAAUAAGGCAAAGUAGAAGAACAGAUUAAUUUAUGGAUUAUUACACUACUUGAUCCUCCUUUGACUCUGGUCUCAAUUCUUCCACCAGUGACUAACAAUAAAUUUGACAAUGAGUGUCUUGUCUUUGCAAGAAUAGGUAAGUAAAUGUGUACAUAUAUAAAUAUAUGUAUAAAUAAAUUAAAAGAUUUUUAACUACA